GGUCCAAGCGAGAAACAGAUGCCGGCCGCUUCCAUUGCGAGCCGCAACCUCACGUCCUCCUCAACUACCACCGGAGAAUCACCACCGACUCACCGCGCCACACCGGAACACUAAGGCUCCUCACCUUCUUCACCGCGACCGCCAAACCUCUCCGGUACGUCUAAUCUCGGAGAGAAUCAAUCGUGACCGAGAUCUCAUCCGCGCAAGUUCAAAACAGAGACCAAAGAGGAGGCUUCGCUCAAACAUCAACCUUACCACCGGAUGUCCUCCAUCGUCCUCCGACGAGAGCUCAUCCAACAAACCCGAGCCAAACUUAACUUACCUAGGGAACAAAACAAAAAAGAAAAGAGACUAAACCCUAUAAAGGAGCUAAGGGACCAGAAGCCGGCAACAAUGAAGCUGUAAGAGCCUCCACGUUCCGGGAGCUUAGCCGACGCCACGGAGCUGAAGGAGCCUCCAUAACCCGGAAACUUUAGCGGCGAUGCAAGAGCUGUGGAAGCCUCUACAACCCGGAACCAAAACCAACGCUUUAGAUUACGUUAUCUUAUUUAUUUUUUAAAUGUAUGUUUUCGGCUUUUUAAGUAAAGGAAAAGUUGCAACUUUAGGACUAACCUCGAGAACGGAGAAAAGCAAAAUGGGAACUUAAAAUCGGCAAAUGUGUAUUUUGUUUUUUGGACCAACGACUGUGGUCUCCUUCUGCUGUUUGUUUUAGAGCCUGCAAGCAAUAUCCAAUCCUCGGUUUUAAAAUAUGUUACUUUGAGACAGAACCAGAUGCUUAAGAAUGUUCCAAGUACCAUGUGAUUAAAAAAAAAUCUCUAAAACAACAUUAAAGAAUUUAAAUGAGACAGUAAAGAAAGGGGAAGUCAUAUAAAGAAAAAGAUACUAGUACCUUAUGAAGGUAAGAUUUUUUAUUAUUAUCAUUAAGGGAACCAUAUUAAACCAAAAUGGGUCUUUUUGAAUCAUUGCAAUGAGGAGUCAUUGUAAACUACAGACUAUUGUCAUUUUUGAACUGAAUCCGUGACAUGAGUGGAGGAGAAAAUGCUCUAUUGAGCUAACGGUGGAGGAAGGGCAGCUAGAAGCCCGGUAGCAAAGGAAGGCAAAGCAGAUCCAGGAGUACGAUAUGUGGAUGAAUCAACAGGAUGGGAAAGAAGGCAUUAAGAUGCAUAAUUAGCAUAAACAAACACACCCACAUAAUUAGUUAUGGUGAAUAUCGAUCGAAUCUCCCAAGCUAGAAUCUAAUGAUAAUUUCUACAGUCAUGAAGACUAUAAUUUUUAUUGCAAUCCUAAACUACUACAUAGUAAUAUAGUAUCGUAGGCAAAACCGACUAUUGAGGCAUUACGUUAUGGUGGUUUCAAUAUUGAUGUAAUAUUUUGUGAGAAGAUAAGAUGAAGUAGCACAAGUAAACAUGCAGCCGAUGUUGUUUCAUAAAACGUGACCUAUGAAGCCCAAAGUGAGGGGGGAAAGAUCUUUUUAUUUUAUUUUUAUUUUUUUAAAGGCUUUCUUGAAAAGAAUCUUAUAAUAAUAUAAAGAAUCAUUCUGAAAGAAAUAUAUAAAAAGUAAAAUGUAUUUGUUUCUUUUCGAAGAGGAUUACUCUGUUUUACCAAAGUUUAAUGCUUUAUAUGAGUAGCUUGCUCCUGUAGGCUGUGGACUGUGGUAAUGGAAUACUACCAACGGUUUGCAUGGCCCACGGCUCCGGUCCUCUGUGUUCCUGCCGUUUAACAAAGAAACCCAACAAAACCACUUUCCUUAACAACAAAGGAAUUAUGACAUAACCAGAAAUCCCACAACGUAAAAGGGCGUAAACUUGAAUGAUUAGUGUAGAACCCAUUGUCCCAUAAAGUUAAAGGCAUUUUAUAUUUCCAAGUACCAAUUGUGAAUCAAGUAAGAAAGCAUUUGAUGAGUUGGCCUAUUGGCUAAAACUAUCUGAUAACAGCUCAAAGAAUUUUGGAGGUCACAUAUUCAUGCUGGGAAGGGUCUAUGAGCCAAAAAAUUCCUAAUCAUUAGAAAAAACCUUUGUCAUGUUGUUUUUGUUUUUUUCAGAGCAAAUAAUACUUAAACUGGCUUAUAACCAAAGCUCUUGAUUGAGCUAGGCAGUUUGUAGAUGGUGAAUACAGAGAAUCUCACAAAACAUGUUCACUGCAAAAGAGUAAGUGUUCAUAAAAGUACAACAGGACGUGGAUAGUUAAGGAAGGUCUCUCAGAAACCCCAAAUUGGCCAAUUAUCAAGUCAAGAUUGUUGGAAUCAAUGGAAUGAGAAGGAUAUUGGUUAGACAAAAAGCAAAGGACAAAUGUAGAGUGAUGUAGGGAAACCAAUGAAGAGAGAUACUUAACUUCUCUUUCGUACAAUCAUUGUCAGAUUCUUCCAAUAACAGCCUUAAUCUUACUUAGAUUUCCAAAGCAAUGUUUUGUUUAAGUGAAUUUAUAUUCCCCAGGGACCCACUGUCCUUUUACACUUUUCAAGCUUCUCCCUCCAAAUCCCAAUAACUGAUAUAUAUCUACAGGACACAUGAACUCAGAAGGGAUACAAUCUCAUUCUCAUUAUCCCUAACCCUCUCUCAUUUCUUUGAAGAAAAAAAUAAAGAUACUCUUUGAUUCUUCUUGUCUCCAUAAGAGCAGAUAUGAUGGGUUCCAGUAAAAGGAUGAUGUUUUGUCUUCUUGUCUGCAUAGGAUUACUAUCAGACAACAAAUAUAAGGUCUCAGCGUUGAGUAGAGAGUUUUUCCUCAAAGAAACACAAGGAGACAAAGCUGGAGUUCAUCCAGGUGAUAUUGCUAAGCUGAAGAGCAUGGAUAUUCAUUUUAGGUACAACCGUGAAGAACACGGAAUCCUCAGCGGAAACCGACGCAUUCUUGGGGAGGUUAACAAGGAUAAAGUUAAAGCUGAGAAGAUGCAAGCACAGAAGAAUCAGACAAAGGACUCAUUGCAAUCAAGCAAGAGACAUGUAAGACGGGGAUCAGAUCCUAUCCACAACAAAUCGCAGCCAUUUUCUUAAGUGGCACAACAAGAAUGAGAUACAUGAAAAAGGCAGUACACUAUAGAAAUGCAAGAGGAGGAAGAAGACGAAAAAGGCGCGAUAAUCAAGCUGGAGGUAGGCUAGUUGGGUUUUUUUCUCGCAAGUAUAGAUUUGAUAGAACACAGAAUAUUGGCUAAUGAAGCCAUCGUGGUAUCCAGAGCAGCAUGAUCUGUUCAGAUACACCAGGAUAACACAUGAUUAGUUUUUUUUUUUCAAAAUAUUUCUUUGGAGUUUUUUUUUGCAUUAGUUAUAAGUUUCUCGAUAAGUUUUCUUCUUUCUGCAUUGCUUUGAAUCCACACAAAAACAUAUCUCAUGUAUAUACAAUUUCUCAAAGUUUUGAUCAUCUGCAACUU